AUGGCUAGCAACAAUAAAUCCGAGGAGGUCGUAGACAAGGUCGAGGACAAGAGUGCCAAAGAGCAAGAGAUUGAAAAGGCACUACAGGACCAAACAAAAAAGAGAAAAGCGGAAGAUGAGAUUGAAAUUGACUUGAACCAAACAGUGCCACUGUCCAAGAAACAGAAGAGACUGCUGAGAAGGGGAAAAGUCACCUUGGAAGAACUUAAUGAGAAGUUCAACCUGGAUCCUUCAUCCGUGAAGGAGUAUCAAAAAGAGAUCGAAGGAAAGACACAGAGCGAGAAAAAGGAGGGUGUCGAAGAAGGAGAGGAAGAGGUUCAAGAAGACGCAUCCUCGGCUUCGCAAAAGGCCAAAAAGGAUAAGAAGUUCGGCGUUUGGAUCGGGAACCUUACGUUUGACACUUCAAAGGAGGAUCUAUGCCGUUUCUUCAUUGCUAAGACAAAGGAGUUGGACCCAGACUCAAGAGUCGAAGAGAGCGACAUCUUGCGCGUCAACCUUCCUUUGGCACAGAAUGACGGAAAACAGGUCAAAAACAAAGGCUUUGCUCAUAUGAACUUCAGGACUCAAAAACAAAUGGAUGCCGUGAUUGCUUUGAGCGAGUCGCACCUCAACGGCAGAAACAUGCUUAUCAAAAACUCUGCAUCUUUCGACGGGCGCCCAGACAAAAACGAUCUUAUUUCGAUGUCUAAAAACCCUCCUUCUAGAAUCUUGUUCGUGGGAAACCUGUCAUUUGACACCACCGACGAGCUCUUGAAGAAGCACUUCCAGCACUGUGGAGAAAUCGUUAAAAUUAGAAUGGCUACCUUCCAAGACACAGGGAAAUGCAAGGGUUUCGCUUUUGUUGACUUCAAAAACGAGGAGGGACCUACCAACGCCCUGAAGGACAAGACUUGCAGAAGGAUUGCUGGUCGGCCUCUAAGAAUGGAAUUCGGCGAGGACAGAAGCAAGCGUCAAGUCAAGAGAAGAGUUCCACAGGCUAGCGAGACAUUAUCCAGUACAAGUGGGCCAUCCUUGCGUGAGGAGCCUUCUACAAGCGCCCCACCUAUCAGAGAGAGAAAGCCCGUGAAGAAGCACAGAGAGCCUUCUUACAAAGACAAGAACAACCGUCUGAAGAGUAGUGUGGCGCUAGCUAGCGCACCAAGAGCUUCUGCGGCUAUUGUGCCCUCGCAAGGCAAAAAAAUCACCUUUUAG